AUGGAGGUGCAGGACAGGAGCCGCUCCCCGUCCCGAAGGACCAGCCGUGUGGAACAGGUGGUGGGACGAUGGCUGAGACGGUCCCGAGACUUGGGCAGCAGGUCUCACUCCCUGACCAGGUGGCUUUCUCUUUUUGUUUCUUUUACAUUCAUUUCUCUGACUUUCCAUUAACUCGGCUCAUUAUCCUAUUAAGUUCACAUAACAGACCCUCAGGUAACAAAUAAAAAAUAAAGGAGCAUCUCACCCAGCCAGAAUGUUAAGGGCAAAAAAAAAGUUGAACAUUUUCCAAGGUUAUUCAACUCAAAUGUUUCAUGCAUUUUACUAAUUCUCUUUUCAUAAUUACAUUAAACAGCUGGCAGGGGUGGUGGUGGGGGUGUCACAGAAGGUCACUGAAAAAGGUUGGCUGUUCACAGAGUGCUGUAUCAAAGUUUAUUCAUGUUAAAAGGAAAGUUGACUGGAAGGAAAAAGUACUCAUGCAACAAGGAUGAUUAUAACCUUGAUUAGGUUUUAAAGAAAAGUCUAUUUAGGAUCUUUGGAGAAUUUUACAAGAAGUGACCUGAGGCCAGUGUCAGAGCCUCAGAUGUCUUCAGGAAAAGGAGCUGCAACUGUUACAUUCCCAAUAUAAGAGAACACGUUAUUACAGUCUCACCAGGGCUGUCUUCAUUUUUGUAAUAAGUGCAAAUACGGAUAUGUUGUUUUUUGCAACAUGUCACUACAUCAUUUGUUUUAUUUUGAUGUCUGUCUGCUCCUCUCCAGAGACCGGGCUGCAGUGGAAGGGAAGUCAGCAGAGUCCAGUGGCUCAGACCAGAGGAAUUACCCUUUCCGCUUCAAUGUCCAGAUCCAGCGAGACCCAAACCUCAACUCUCAUGGCCUCAUUCUGUCCUCCCAGACCCCUAUCUUGGUGCAGGAGGUCACUCCAGGUAAAACAGAGUUAUACAAUGAAACAUAGCUGAGGGAAAGGAAAACAGUUCUACAAAAAGAUCAUGCAGUUUUAAAAGAGUGCAUUCAAUAUAUGUAACAUUCAUUGACCCCUUUGCCUCGAUCUUAAAUUAGUGUCUCUUCUAAGGACAAUAUUGAGUCAAAGUAGACUGAUAACAUCAUAAAGCCUUCAAGUGUAUUCACAUGAUUCUUUUAUUAGCAGCUAUCUAACACACUUGUUCCUGGAACCCAUACAGCAUUUCUCAGACUUGGCGUCUCUGACGUAAAUGAUGUCCAGCACUGCUCAUUAGGAGGGAGUUUAUUUUCAUUGCUGACACAGCAUGUUUAGCUGAGCCAUGCUAUGUCUGCUUGCUAACUUUCAUCCUGUGGUGAUGGUGCCCAUUGUGCCACUUUUCAUUGCCAAGGUCUGUUGUUGUGUUUGUGUAUGUUCUGUAUUUGUGUCCUGCAAAAUAAGCAGCACAUAACUCCUGUUUACCUGAAAGGUUGUGAAUCCCUGUGGCUGCAGCCCUGACAUGACCUGUCCCACCACCUGUAUGCUGUAAUGAAACUCAGAGGAGUGCUGCUAAAUUGUUCAGUAUCAGGAUAUAAUUUGAUGUUGGAAAAAUUAACAGCUACUGAAGUCUGCCCACUGGGAGUACUGUUCCUUUCUCUCUCUGAUGUACAUCUCUCGGCUGAAUGCGAAAGAAGCUCAAACUGCAGAAGAUUGCAAGUUCUGAGCCAUAUGCUAUUACUACUCUCUCCUUCUCAGCUAAAGAAUCAGUGUAGCUGAAAGCUAAAUAGGGCUUCAUCUAAUUGGCCAAAUUGUGCAAAUGAAUAUGCAUCAAUAUGAAGUCUAUCCUGAAAUUAUUUACAAACUAAUGACCCUGUAGAGAGCUCAACUAUCCAACAUUUGCAUGCUGCUAGGGCCGUAAGCGAAGGGUGCUAAAAACAAAUACAUUCAGAUUUUUUUAGCAGAAACGUAUUCCUCCAUCCUGUUCUCCCUCUUGGCUCUUGUUUUGCAUAGAGCAAGUCGCCUCAGCAAAUGCAAUAGUGGAACUGGGCCAGAACACUGCAGGCCUCUGGCCUCUGUACAAGUCAAUCUGUAAAUGUGAAAACUCAAAGCGAGCUCUUACUUUUGUUUAGACUGUAAACAUGCACACAAAUUAGCUGACAAAGGAAAAGUGUGGUGGCAUUGAUGUGUUUUCAUGGCAUGUGUAAGUGAAAGAAAGAGGAAAUGAAUGAGUCAAAGUUUGAAGAAGGAGGCUAUUUACUUUUUAUUUAGACUCUCAGUCAGACAGUUCCCUCUCCCAGGCUCUUUACUGUAACCAUGUGCUCCUCUCCUCAGAUGCCUUAUACUUUAAAUCCACAAACAAUGAUGUUCAGUUUGUGGCUGGGCCCCUCAUUAUGACUGGGAUCACAUCCUUUAAGGGUGGAUGAAGACUAGCUCCCAAGUAUCGUCCAGGGCUCUUUCAUUUGUCUAUCAUGGUGAAUAACUUACAUUCAUAAUACAUGCACUGUCUCUUUGGCACCACUUGAGUAAAAUAUGUCGAAGCAUGUCAUUAGAAAGAUCUGACAUUGUGAAGUUUGGUCAAAAAAAAGUUAUUGGUAAGAUAAAGUGAAAAAAAUAUAUAAUAGAUCAACAUAAAGUCUGCAAGUAAAACAACCCGUCUCCUAUAAGGCCUGUACCUUCUUCACACAAAAAAAGAAACCCAACUCAUAUUUAAGGAUAUUAUUUUGGCCUAAAUACAAGACAGCCCUGGUUCUAAGAUCACCAAAACUUACUGUUAGACGCACUCAACAAAACACAAUGAUAGCAGGACUGGGCGAUUUGGCAGGAAAAAAAUGAUCACGAUAUAUUUAUUUAUUUUGUCAUAUUGUCUGAUUUCGAUUAACCUAUUAUCAUGAUUUUUUUUAACCUGCCAGUUUUAAACAUCUAUACUAAAAACUAAAGAAACUAGAGAUUAUUUCAACGUUUUAUUAACAUAUAUAACAAAGGAUAUUGAAUAAGAUUAUAUUUAUUUUACUAAUAUUUCAAGUAUAUAACAAAGCAUAUUGAAUUAGAUAAACUGUAAAAAAAAAAAAAAAACUUUUACUCAACAGUACAACAAAUGUAGAUAAAUACUAAAUAAUACAGUGAACUAGUUUACAGUCCUGAGUGUUUUUGCAGAUAUGCAAGACUCAAAAUAAACAAAUUGCCCCUUCAGAGAUAAUGAAGACGCCUUAAAAUAUAAACAUUAGAUGAUGUAAAUGUAAAUGAUACGAUUAAUUGCUGCUUUGGUCUGGUGGCUGCACCGCUAGUCGAGGCUAAACUGUUAAUGCUACAUGUGCCCUCAGCAGUGGCAAGCUGUACAGACUCCGCUCACAACGCAUGUUCAUGCUUUCCGCAUAGUCACCCAGGAAGUACUUUUUCAAAUGAUUAAACAGAUUUGUUGUGUUGCUGGUUUUUGGGGGCACUGAUCACUGCCAUACCUUGCACAUCGGCUUAAUUCCUCGACGCCACUUUAUAGAUACCCGAACCACCACCACACAACUGACAUUGAAUAACUUUUCUUCUUAGCAAUGGCAUCUUCGGAGGAUGACUUAAAGUCAUGGCUGACAUCUAUUUUGCUGCCCUCAGCUUCGCGUUUAGCUCUACGUUCAGUCAUUCUGUUUACUUCCUAUCUUUACUUCUCCGGCAACUUACAGAAGUGGAGCAGGAAAAGCUCGACUCUGAUUGGCUGUUGUCACACACAUUUCCACUAUGUUUGAUCAAGUAAAUAUGCUCACAGCUGAUCACCAUGAUUGAACUGAAAUUUAUCACGAUAAUUAAUCAAGAUCAUAUAAUCACCCAGUCCUAGAUGAUGGUCAACAUCUUUGAGAUGAAAGAUAAUCCGUGUCUGAAAAUGUAAUUGUCACAGUGAAGUCAAAUAAAAAUAACUGCGUACUUAAGAUAAGCAGCCAAGUAUUCAUAUCUUUAGACACCAUAAUAAUAUGAAUAACCUGAAAAUCUAAUAGAUGGAUGGCAAGUCUAGUAUCCAUCAUUCAAUGCACACUCAUAUGUUCAAGACAGUCUUCAUGCACUCCCCAUCUUUGGACUUUACAUCCUCUGGUUCUUUUUAGUCAUUUGAUAGUUGUGUUACAUCUCUGCUGCAUUGUUUUCCUUAGAAAGUGCAUCCUCAGCUCUGCCUCAGCUGGACUUGUUCUUCUCUUGUGCUACCUUGCAACAUCUGCUGUCUUGCCAUCUAAUUACUGAACCCCCAAUAUAAGGCAGUCCCACUUUUAUCAGAUGUAUUUCACAGAUAACAGACCCUUGUAUACAGUACCUGCGUCAAGAUAGUAAGACAUGGGUCGAUUGGGAUUGGGGUGUGAUUUCAGUCGUAGCAAGGUCAGCAAGAUAGGUAAAGUUUGAAUACAGUUUUAUGUGUGUCUUUACAUACUCAAUGCAGACAUUACUGUAUAAAGGGUGAUACAAUAAUUCUUAACUUUGCCGCACGUCUUUUAAGUAGUGCUUGAAAUGUUGUCACAUCUAAAGCAGAGCUGCAGUCUCACAGUCCCUUAAUAUCUUUCCUAAAAUAGAAGCAAUUAUCAUCUCAUACAGUAGCUUUUCAUAUAAUCUAGCUUUAGCCAUCAUAAUUCUCAUUUAAUCAAAGAAUUUAGAGCUGCUGUCAAACUGUAUAUGCUCAGUUAAUCUUUCAAAGAUGACUAGAACAGUUGAUGAUAACAUGUCUCAGGCCUUGAAUCUAUACCACUCCUUUUCUUCUGUGAAUACAGGUGACAGAAUAGUUUCAUCAGGAGAAUUAAAAAGUGAGCUGGCAACUUCACACAGGGGUAUUCACAAAGGAUGUCCUCCUGAUCUGCCCUUUGGCCCCUUUUUUGAUAAGGAGUAUCUGCUGAUACCAAGUUCAGAUCUGAUCUUUGAAUUUGCCAAGAUAAUGUAGCCCACACUCCAAUAUCACCCAUUGCCUUUUCUGUAUUCUCUGCGUUGUCACACAAAUUGACCUGCAAAUGACUUGUUUUUUCUCUUAUUUUCCAUGUGAUCAGCAUUUUGUUGAUGGCAUGAUUCACUCGCUCUGCUGUAUGAGACUCUGCAUGUGAAACUUGUAUGCUUAAACUCAAAUGUGAAGGGAACAGUCCUAUGUGUACUCAGGCUCAGCAAUGACAAAUGUCAGACUUUCAAAUGUUUGCUGUUAAACUUGCAGCUCUCACAUUGUGUCUUGUAUUUUUUUUCCAAAUAUGGUGUUGGUACAACACUAAAAAGAUGAUUAGAUCAAAAAUGCAGGUGCCCAAUCAGCUAAAAAAUACCAGAUCGACAGUCAAGAUCAGGAAUGGGACUUGUAUAGUACUUAACAAGUUAGUUUCAAAAGAAAUCAGUCACCAAUAGAUCUGCUUGGUCUCCUGCCCAUUUUAUUGAUUUUUCCACAGUUGGAUAAUUGAUUUCCUGACAUUGAGUGGAGGAAACACUCAGGGCUCUAUUUUCGUGUCCGCUGGUGACGCGGCAGAAGGUGGCGGACCCCGCGCAGUGGUAUUUUCAUCUUGCAGAGCCCGGCGUACUUUCAUGGACUGAGGCGCACCGAGGUCCGCCAAGCUGGGCGUGGUAGCGUGGCAGGGGGAGGUGUCGACAGAAUCAGCUGGCGCAGUGACAUUUUCGUGCUCACCGCAGGUGUGUAAAGUGCACUGAAAGCUCGCAGAUUCAAACCUGGUCAGCUUUCAGCGCAGGUGGAGUGCAGCUGGUCUAGAGGUAUUUUGGUAGACCUGCGGCGUAUCGGCUUACGUCACCGAUGCCUCACCGGCAGGUUUCCACAGUGUCAGGCACAUUUCAGUGCAAUAAAUAAUCAACAACAACUAAUAAUCUGAGUCAGCACAUACAUUGAGAUCUAUAUAGAUAUAUUCUGAUCUAUAUCUGAUCUGAUGAGCGCGUUUGGCACGCGUUUGGACACUCAACCUGACUGAAUUAACACAGCUAAAACCACAUUAAAUUAAAUAAAAUAUCUAGUAAAUAGACACACAUGAUGAAGUGAACAAGAUAUUUAAUUCAUCUCCCUCCUUUUCUUUUUUCCUCUUUCUCUUAUUUUUCGCGCAGCUCGACCUGGACAUGUGUCCAUGUCCUCUCCCCGUCCUGCUGCAGCUGCUGCUGCGGCAGCUGAACAAUGAUUUAUUUUAGUGAUCAGGGGCCUCAUGUAUCAACACUUGCGUGGGACUCAUACCAGAAACGAGCGCACGCAAGGUCCGUCACACUGAAAAAAAUCUGUAUGUAUCAAGGUGUGCGGGCGCCGAAAGCCACGUGUGUUUCCUUGAUAAAUCCCAAUCAGCUUGGAAUUGAGCGCAGAUGUCGGAGUGACCGGGCCCGCCCCCGUUACACCCUCCUAUAAAUAUGCAGAUUUAUUUAAAUAGGGUCUCCCUGUCCUCGCACGCAGACAAAAUGACAAGAAAAACUAAAUUUACGGCGUGCGAGGUGGAGGAGCGACAGCGUGUUUUGUUUGGCAGCCUGUCCAGUGGCGUCAGUGCAAAACGAAAACGCUUGGAGUGGGAGAAAGUUUGCGAGAGGGUGAACGCGGUGGGUUCCGAGACACGCACCCCCGCGGAGAUUAAAAAAAAGUGGUCGGACCUCAAGGUGGAGGUCAAGUGGCGUACAGCUGCUAUGACUCCCCCCAAGCAUGUCCAGACGCAAAUGUUUCUUUAACGGGUUUAAUGAAGUCUUCUCCUCUUCAUAAUCAUCCACAGACCUCCACAAACCGUGAAACUAGCAAUACACAGUAUUGGAAUAACAGUUAGCACACUUACUAUGCACAUGUACAAAUAUUCAUAACGAAAAUAAAGACAAACAAAUACCUCGUUGGCUGCAUACUAUGAAAGGGAAUCUGUAGGCUUCUUAUCUUCCAGCUUUGAAGUAUUAGUUUGACUUUACCGUAAGUUUUAGCAAUCUUAACGUAGCUUGACUUGGCAGCUAAAGGGUCAGAGCUGUGCACACGACCUCUGCUUGCUUGCAUCUGACGUUACCCAGAACGCUACUGGCCUAGCAGCUCAACGUAAGUGUCAAAAUAAAAGUACCCUUACACUUCAAUAUAAAAUGCAAAUAAAAUACAGAAAUAACCUGGUAAUUCUCAAAGUGGGUUUCUCAUACAAAAUAAACAAAAAAUAUUCUGCAAUAUGGAAAAUAAAAUAGCAACAGUUACACUCCCACCAAAUCUCACCAAUCUUAAAUGUGGGAUUUCUCUACACUUAAAGACUGUUGCGAAUCAACUCUUAAACAUUGAAAGAACUUUACCACUCAACAAGGAAUGAUGAAAACAUUAAGCAUCAAUCUGCUUCAAUCAGUGUGACAAGCUUGUGUAUAGGCCUAUCAAGAUACACUGUUUUGGUUGUGGGUUUACCCUUUGCAUCAAAUGUGGUGUCACUAACUAGCAACCUGACCUUUCUCACUCUAUCAUCUGACCCUGGAUAGACUUCUGCUAUUCUGGCCAACUUCCAUUCGUUCCGUGGCGCCUGAUCAUCCUGCAGAAGCACAAUGUCAUUUGCCUUCAGGUUUCUUCUGUUCUUCUGCCACUUUUGUCUUAGCUGCAAACUCAGCAGAUACUCUUUUUUCCAGCGAAUCCAAAAUUCAUUGGCCAAGUACUGAACUCUGCGCCACCGCUUUUGAAGAUACAGGUCUUCCUUGACAAACUGUCCAGGCGGAGGAAGGAUUAUGGUGGACUUCAUCGUGAGAAUGUGGUUCGGAGUCAAUGGUUCAGGUGCGGAUGGAUCAUUCAAAUGUUCAGCGGUAAGUGGUCGGCUAUUGACGAUUGCCAUCACCUCGUAUAGGAAAGUUCUCAGAGAUGAGCUGUCCAAUCUUUGCGCUGACUUGUCGAGAAUGGCUGUCAGAACACUCCUGAUGGUCCUGAUUUGCCUCUCCCAGACGCCGCCCAUAUGACUUGCUGCUGGGGGAUUCAUUAGAAAUUCACAUCCUAGAGCCUUGACUCUCUCUCCGUCCAUUCCUUUCAUGAGCUCUGCGAACUCCCUUCUUGCGCCAACGAAGUUGGUUCCUUGAUCACUUCGAAGCUGACGAACAUUUCCUCUUAUAGCAAUGAACACUCUUAGCGCAUUGAUGAACGCGUCCGUGGUCAUGUCGUCAAGCAUUUCCACAUGUAUGGCUCUUGAACAUAGACAGGUAAGUAAAAGUCCAUAUCUUUUAACCUCUUUUCUUCCUUCUUUGACAUAGAUGGGUCCGAAACAGUCUAUGCCUGUGUAGGUGAACGGAGGAGUUGUUUCCAUUCGAUCUUGAGGUAAGUCACCCAUUCUUUGUUCUUCGGUGUAUCUCCUGUACUUUCGACAUUUGACACAUUUGAAGAUGUGUGACGAUACUGCGCUGCUACUUCCCAGGAUCCACCAUCCGUUAGCUCGCAGUUCGUUCAACGUCAUUCCACGUCCCUGAUGAUGAACUCUCUCAUGGAAGUGCUUGAUCAGUAGAGCUGAUAUAUGACAGUUCUUCGGAAGUAUAGCUGGAUGCUUGAUGUGUGGAUGCAACGCAGCUUUACUUAAGCGUCCUCCGACUCUCAAGACUCCUUCUUCAUCCAAAACUGGACUUAACUUGUUCAGCUUGCUGUACUUGGUCUUAGCUAUAACUCCCUUUGCUUUCAAGCUCUUCAACUCAUCUAGGAACGCUUCCUCUUGAACUAGCUUAAUGAUCACAGUUUCUGCUUCUUUCCUUUCUUCUAGACUUGUACUCUCAUUGGUUGGUCGUUUCUCACCUUUGUGUUCCUUGACACGUCGUUUCAAUCUGGCAACUGCUUGAACUACCCUUAACCAAACAGAGAACUUCUCAAGACGGUCGAGCAACGAUCUGUCCUUUGCCUUCGUGUUAAACACAACAGCCUUACGGAGCUCAGGAUCAUCUUCCUUAACUUCUCCCACCUUGCAUUCUCGGACAGGUAAUUCUUUUUGCCAAAGAAACUUCGGUCCAGAAAACCAAUUGGAUGUCUCUAGUUGCUCUGCAGUCAACCCUCGUGAGGCAUGAUCUGCCGGAUUGUCCUCAGAUGCAACAUAGGCCCAUUGUUCAGGCUUUGUGCUUGACUUGAUUCUUUGUAUGCGAUUGGCUACGAACACUUGAAAUCUUCUGGCGUCAUUGUUUAUGUAGCCUAGAACGACUGUUGAAUCCGUCCAGAAGUAUUCCUUCAGGUCUUGGAUUUCCAGUUCGUUUCGGAGCAUAUCGCUGGCUCUAACUGCAACUACUGCCGCAGACAGUUCCAGUCUUGGUAUCGUCAACACUUUGGUUGGUGAAACUCUUGACUUUCCCAUCACUAAACUGCAAUGGACUUCAUUGGAUUCAUUGACAACGCGCAGGUAAGUACAAACACCAUACCCUGAGGUACUUGCAUCACAGAAGUGGUGAAGUUCAUAGCCUUUGAUGUCGCCGAACCCUGAAGGUAGGUAACAUCUUCUAACUUCCAUUUCAGAUAGAUUAGGUAGGUCUCUAAUCCAAGACUCCCACUGAGGUCUUAAGCUCUCUGGAAGCUCAUCGUCCCAGCCGAUCUUAUCUCUGCACAUCUGCUGGAGAAUUUGCUUUCCAUGGAGAACGAACGGUGCCAUGAAUCCUAGCGGAUCAUAGACUGAGGCUACGGUAGAGAGUACACCUCUUCUUGUCGAUGGAUUGGACUUGACUUGAACUCUGAAUCUGAAUGAGUCAGACGAGACGCACCACUCUACUCCAAGCGCUCUCUCCAUGUGAGGUAAACUCAAAGCCAUGUCUUGAUCUUUGCUUGUGGCACGUUCCUCUUCUGGAAUGGAUGCCAUGACAUUCUCAUUGUUGGAAACAAACUUGUGAAGUCUUAACUUGCCGGUAGAACAAAGUUCUCUUGACUCUUUGACGAGCUGAAUGGCUUCCUUCUCAGUAGGAACACUCAGGAGCCCAUCAUCUACGUAGAAAUUCCUCUGUAUGAAGCGCACAGUGUCUUUGCCAAACUGACCUUGCCCUUGAGCUGCCAGGUGUUUUAGGCCAAAGUUGGCGCAGCCAGGGGACGAAGCCGCUCCAAACAAGUGGACUUUCAUUCUGUAGGUGGAUGGCGUGUCUUCCAAGUUACCAUUCUCCCACCAUAAGAACCGUAAGUAAUCUUGGUCUUCAGUUUUCACAUGAAACUGGUGAAACAUUCUUUCAAUGUCGCACAUCACUGCAACUGAGCCCUUUCGAAAUCUGAACAGGACACCCACCAGGGUAUUCGUCAGGUCAGGUCCAGUGAGCAGAUGGUCAUUGAGAGAUGUUUCCUGAAACUUGGCCGAACAGUCAAAUACCACACGUAUUUUCCCCGGUUUCUGCGGAUGAUAUACUCCAUGGUGUGGAAUAUACCAUGCCGGGCUGUUCUCAAUUUCUUCCUUGGGGACCUUCUCGGCGUCACCGCGGGAAAUUAUGUCGCUCAUGAAGUUCACAUAGUCUUUGUAGUAAGUUUUAUUCUUCUUUAGCUUCCUUUCAAGACAGUUUAAACGAUGCACUGCACAUAUUCUGUUGUUAGGCAACACUGGUCUAUCCUCUUUAAACGGCAAUGGCAUCUCAAAGUGACCAUUGUCUUUCUGAGUUAUGUUUUCUCUCAUCUUGGACAGGAACUUGAGAUCAUCUUGAGACACAGGAUCCUCUUCUCUAGCUCUUUCUGAGAAGUCUAAUUCAAGAAUCUUCAAGAUGUCUGAAGAAGUCACUUCCUUGACUUUGGAUCUGUUCACAUAAUGAACCUCUGUUUUCAGAUUGACAGUAGAGUCAACUCUUGGCGUCACUUGCCUGACUACUAUGCGAUGACUGAUUCCGAUAGCGUCUCCAUAUGCUAAACAGGGAUUGCCAUGGCCGACAAUACUCCAUCCCAGGUCAGUACGUUGUGCAUAAGGCUGAUUCUCUUGGCCCGACACGAUUUCUCUUGGGAGAAGGGCUUGCGAGCAGUUGUAGCCGAUGAGCAGGCCUACCUCACAAUCCUGCAGAGGUGCUACAUCAUCUUGGAGGUGCUCUAAGUGAGACCAAGCCUUUGCAGUUUCGCCCGUUGGUAUGUGAGUUUUGUUGACUGGAAUAAAGUCACGCGUGUAGAUUGGUGGUAAGCUGAUUCUUUUGCUUGAAUAAAAGCCUCGAACUUGUAGGUUCUUCACUCGUUGUGACUUUACAACUGUAGUUCUUGAAGUCAUAGUAGAGAGCUUCAACUUGACUUCCUCUUUGUCCGCCUCCAGAGCGUCAGCUACUUCACUUAGCACAAAAGUAGUGUCACUUUGGGAAUCUAAGAGUGCAUAGACAAGCACCUCUUGUGCUGACUGAGUGGAAGACGAAAGCCAGACAGGAAUUAUUGCCGCUGUCUGCACAGUAGCUUCAUCCUGAAUAACUCUCAGAGUAGUAGAAGCUGUGGCUGUUUCUUUAGGUUGCACUGCUUGAGGCUUUGCUUUGUUCUUUUCGUUUUGAUUACUUGAUUUCUCUGAAGCUUGGCCUUGUUUAACUUGCGAUGCCUUUUGCUCUUCUUUGUCUCUCUCUUGAUGCAGGCAGGUAGGAUGCUUCUUUUUGCAUGUGUCACAAACACUCCUACUGUUGCAGCUCUUUGAGACAUGACCUGGCUUAAGGCACCCAAAGCAUAGCUUUUCAGCCUGAACAAACUUGACUCUGUCAGGCACUUCCUUUUCUGCAAACUUUCUGCAUACAUGUAAAGUAUGGCCGUUCUUUUUACAAAAGAGGCAUGUUUUAGCAGUCUCUUCAUUAGAACUGGUGGUCAGUGUCUUAGCUUUAACAUUUUGUUGUUUUUGCUGCUUCGGCUUUUCAGUUUCACCUUGCUUCAGUGAUUGCAACGAUGUAACUGGGUUACAAGCAAUUUUCACUUCUCUGGUCAGAAAUCUCACAAACUGACUGAAGGAAGGGAACUGGCCACUCUGUUCUUCCAUUUCCAUGACUUUCCGGUUCCAUCUUGCGGUUAGCCAAUCUGGAAGCUUUGCGAGAAGCUGUCUGUUCUCAUUACAGUCAUUCAAAAUCUCCAGUGCCUUGAUAUGGACCAUAGCUGCUUCGCAGCUACGCAGAAAAUCAACAAACUCUUGAAGUCCAGAGCUAUCUUUAGGUCCAAUCUUGGCCCAUGUUUGAAGUUUGUCUCUAUAUGCCUUCGCAACGGUGAAUGGGUUUCCAUACCUCUCUUCCAAAAUCUCCCAUGCUGCAGCAUAAGCAGACUCUGUUCCAAGAAGGAAAUAGCCAUCCACUGCAUUCUUAGCUUGACCGCUAACAUAUUUACGGAGAUAAUAUAGCUUCUCUCUGUCUUGAAUAUUCUUCUGGUCAAUCAAAGUUUGAAACGACAGUUUCCAAUCACUGUACUUCAACGGAUCCCCGCUGAAUAUUGAAGGUUCAGGAACUGGAAUUCUGUUGGCACUUAGAGCAUCAGCGAGUACCUUAAUGAGCUCUGCUGUGCUUUGAUUCGAGGAGGUGAUCACAGGUUGUGGGGCAGAAGGUGCAGACAGAGGCAGACGGCUUGAAGGACAUGGCGGCUUGAUGUCUGCUACCAUCUCAUGGCUUAGAAUGUCUUUCGGUUCUUCUUUAAUGUCCAACCCCUGAUUAUACACCUGCAUUCUUGCCUGUGCUGCACUAAGCUCCUUCACCGUUUCCAAAUUCUUUAUUUUUCUUCUUUUUUCCUCUAAAGUCAUCUGUAGAGCUGUGUGUUCUUCCUCUAGUUGAGCUUUAAUCUUUGCUUCCUCUUCUUCUCUCUCUAAGCGACGCCUUAUAACCGCUGCCUCUUCAGCCGCUAUCUUCCUCUUAGCUUCCGCUUCUAGACGCUGUAGUUCCGACUGCUCUCUUUCUUGUUCUUGUAACACUUUCAGAACAGCUUGGCUUGCUGCAGCGUCCGCAGCAGCUUCUUGAUGCUUGAUGGAAGAUGUUCUUGUUUGCUCUGAGGCAUUCUUCAGAAUAGAGGUAACUGAACCAAAUUCACUCUUGCUUGCGUCCCAAAGAGAGCCUGCUUCUGGCCAUUCUGGGUCUCCUUCUGGAACUUUUCCAUCCAGGUGGCUAGAGGCUAUAGCAACGAUGAAGCCUGAAACCUCAACACACAGGUCUACUCUUCGCCGCACAUCUUGGUCUGGAGUUGAGACUUGCCGCAAUUCUUCAUAAACAUGCUGAACGUCUGCGGAAAGGCCUCUAACAUCUCCAAGGAUAUCAUUAAGCAUGCCUUCUGAUAAAGACUCAGAUGACUGAGAUAAUGACUGCUUGCAGAAUUUAACAUGUGUUCUCCAUUUUCUGUAGAUGUAGUCAAAUCUAUGCAGAAGUGCUUUAAUUUUCUCGUCUUGCAUUGCUUUACCCUUCUCUGUUAGAGUACGGGUUCGCUCACCACGUCUGAGCUGCUGUGCUUCGUCCAGCUGAGGCUCAGCAUCACCGACUUCAUCUUCUGGAGGGCCUUGUAGAUUUUCACUUUCCCUAACACUAUCUCUUACCUGAGUAGUGGACUCACUUAACUCUGCCAUAAUUGAAUGUUAAACUUAAACUGGCAAGAAAUGUCUAUUUCAAUAAUGAAAAACGUAAAUAAAGUCUGUAUUCACUAAAACUCUUGUGUUGCGUGUAAAUGUCUCUUAAAUGUCCUUGUGUUUAAAUGUCACACACUAUACUUGGCAAUGUACUCAAACCAAAAUUACAAUAUGCUGUACUUAUCACAAGCAAUAUGCUUAAGUAGCUCAAAAAUGUACUUACAAACUGAAAAAGUUGUUUAAAUAAACCUUAGUUCUCUUAGAACCGUUCAGAAAAUUCAAAUAUCAAAAUUGCAAAUAGCUUUCACUUUACAUUACCAAAAUACACUUUAAAUUGUGAAAAUGAAAUAAUUCACCUUUAACUUCCAAGCAUUUAAAUUAUAUCCUUUAGCUUUAAACCUUAAACUUACAUGCACUUAAUACCAAGCUUAAAUUCAAAGUUGACUGGAUAAAUGCAUAGCCAUUAACACAUUAGUUCAAAUCAGACAUCCUUUCCAUGAACCUUUAAAUCAACUCUUAUUAGUUAGCCGACUCUUAUUGUCCACGUGCUUAAUGACUGUCAACUACGUGUUAAAUAUGCACUCAUCUGCCGGUCCUUUGACGACUGUAGCCACGAAGUUGCGAUUAGCUCGUCGUUGGGCUUGCUUCUCACUGGCGUCGGUGAGCACGCCGACCUUCACUCGCAUCGUCGAGCAGUCCGAGUUUCACUAUGACUCCCCCCAAGCAUGUCCAGACGCAAAUGUUUCUUUAACGGGUUUAAUGAAGUCUUCUCCUCUUCAUAAUCAUCCACAGACCUCCACAAACCGUGAAACUAGCAAUACACAGUAUUGGAAUAACAGUUAGCACACUUACUAUGCACAUGUACAAAUAUUCAUAACGAAAAUAAAGACAAACAAAUACCUCGUUGGCUGCAUACUAUGAAAGGGAAUCUGUAGGCUUCUUAUCUUCCAGCUUUGAAGUAUUAGUUUGACUUUACCGUAAGUUUUAGCAAUCUUAACGUAGCUUGACUUGACAGCUAAAGGGUCAGAGCUGUGCAUACGACCUCUGCUUGCUUGCAUCUGACGUUACCCAGAACGCUACUGGCCUAGCAGCUCAACGUAAGUGUCAAAAUAAAAGUACCCUUACACUUCAAUAUAAAAUGCAAAUAAAAUACAGAAAUAACCUGGUAAUUCUCAAAGUGGGUUUCUCAUACAAAAUAAACAAAAAAUAUUCUGCAAUAUGGAAAAUAAAAUAGCAACAGUUACAGCUGCCCUCCGGAGGAGUACCGACCAGACAGGUGGGGCUCCGGGGGACGAGACCCUCACGCCGUUUGAGCAUUAUUAUUAUUAUUAUAGGGUAAGUGGCGUGUUACACAAAUGUCCACAUGCUUUGUCAUCCCACUGAGCAAAAGACGUAUAUUAGACGUCUAGUCUAAGUUUAUACCUCAUUUCAACGUCGGGAUUCAGUCUAUUUUUAGAUGUGAUUUAUACUUCGCCCUUCAUUUUUCGAUAACUUUUUAUGCAAUAAACAACUGUAAUGUGCAUAACUGACCUCUAAAUACUGGAUUACAUUACCUAUGAUACCGUGGAGAGAGAUGUAAACGCAACAGAUACACAGAAGCAGGAAUUGAAAUGAACCAAUAUUUUUAUUGUGUCACAGAAAUCAAUGUGUCGGCCGUGUCGCCGGCUUGCGUAACCCCGGCCCGCGGCAGCCUGUCCGCCGGCUCGGAGUCGUGGGCCAGGACCAGCGGCAUUCGGGCCACCCCGGCCCCCGGCCCCAGCACCAGCACCAGCAUCAGCUCGCAUCUCAUCCGUCUGCUGCUGGUUCGUCAUGUGGGGCGACAUGCUGCUCGGCCACGGGGAUGUGGUGCACGCUUGUCACAUAGUGAGUCACCAAACACCGCCACACAGCUUCGCCAAAGUGCCGUCAACGCAAGUAUCGGCUCAACGCCAACUUCUACACCACCUCCUCACUUUGCGUGGAUUUGCGCUGGAACCGACGCUCGUGUCGCGAUGAUAAAUCUGGACGUGUGCGCCGAUCUUGGCGAACGCAAGGUUUUCUGGCGCCGCCGGCGUUGAUCAACGAGGCCCCAGAUGAGUUAUUCACUUUAAGCCUACAUACGAAUAUUAUAAUAUUCAGUUUUGUGAGCAAAAUUUAUUUUAUAUGCCUACUUCUAUGGAAGAAAUAGCCAGGCCACGGAGCGCGAUGCGUCAUUUACGCGCAGAUGGUUCAGAUUUUAAUGCCAUUAUUGGAAUUUAUUAUGUUGUGAUCUGUGCGCACAACCCAUCUUUGUCACGUGAGGUUUGAAUAUGUGCAACUUUAUGUGAGUGUCUUAUUUGUGGAAAAGGGUGUUUGUCUUACCAGUGGGUCCAAACUUAGACACACCAAAUCCAUUCGUGCUUACAUGAGACAGUGUGGAGGACACCCUCUACAGCGCUUACAGUGACACUUGUUGAGGGGCUGCCUUCUGUUGCCAUCGUGUGGCAUUACUGUCUUCAGACAUCUCUUGAUCUCUGACUACUUCAAGAAAAUUGUAAUACGCCUCGCCCGUGGCGGAUUUAAAGGCGAGGAGAGGAGCUUAUGUGAUUGGUGAAAACAGGUUGUUUUAAACCCACUCCACGCCCUCUCUCCUCACUCGCUACGACUUAUGCCGCUGGGAGGAGCUAAGUUAGGGAGGGGGGAUACUUACGCCGGGCUGCGCCGCUCACCAAAAUACCAAAGUGUGCUUGGGCACAUCUUGUCGGCGUGGCAGACCUGACUUCCGCCGCGCAUGCGCCGCGUCACCGGCAAGGCAUGAAAAUAGAGCCCUAAAUGUUGCAAAUACCACAGCACAAUUUUCUAACUGGUGUCUGACUUCAAUCAGAAAACUACUUAGAGUCAUGAAGUCAUCACUGUGUGUUAUAUUCUGCUUCUGUACACUGAAGUGUCUCUGUUUGUUUCUGCGCUGCAGAGAUCCAAAGAUCUGAAUCCCCCUGGGGUAUGGGGUCAGAAUAAUCUGCUUUCUCUUGUCUGGCUCUAGUCUUCUCUGUCACCAUCUGCUUCUGUCCUCUGUACACACACACACAUUCACAUGCACACACUAACACACGAUCAAACACACUCUUGCUUGUGUCUCUUGUGGCUCCAUGAAGUCUUUGCUCAGUUUUUCCUCACACAGUCUCUGCAGCACGUGCUAAAGCAUCUUGACAGUGAAAUAUGAGUCCCUUAUUCUUAAAGCAUUUUCAGAGCUCCUAUUGUCCUAUUCAUCUUACUUAGUAGAAUGUCUUCAUCUAUCUCUGUGGCAUAAAUCAGCUAGCAAUAACAUGUUAUCGCUGUUGAACAACUCGGAAUUCAAAAGUUGUCUGAUGUGCAGAAAAAUAGACACGACAAGGAUGUCUUUAAUGACAGUUUUAUGUUAAUUUCAAGGAACUGUCUUCAGAGGAAGUUGUGAGAUAGAGGUCUUUGUGAAUCAAAAACUGCAAUUAGUAGCUUAAAAUUUUAAAUACAGCCUUUGUAGUAUUGCACCAAUAUCUGAAUUAAUUCAUCCAGGUCUUUGUUGAAAGGGCAACUGGACUUGUUUAAGGUUCUUGAAGAUGUUUCUCCUCUUUUUCAAAAGGCUUCUUCAGUUCUUAAGUGUCUAGGAUUAAAGUAGGGCUGCACGAUUUUGGCCCAAAUUAAAAUCCCAAUUUUUUUCUCUGAAUACUCAGUUUUCAAUUUAGAUUUUUUUAUUCAGUGUCAACUUCACCAAAUUUCACUUUAACAGUAAGUUUUUCUAUCAUUUCUCAAAACAAAACCACCAAAAAGGAUGUAGUGCAUAUGCCAGGACAGUAAAUAGUGCUGUAACGGUGCCAAGGAAAUGCACAAAAGACAGAAGAAGAGCACAGAGCAUGUGUAUAAGAGUUGUUUUGGCCAGACACACGCAGGCGCCAUAAAAGAGUUACGCUGUGUGUGACAUAAUCGUUUCAAGAGAACUGCAGAUAGGCAUCCACACGGAGAUGGUGGUCGUUUACAGAUUUAUUUACUCUCUGACCCAUUUUCAAAAUGUACCAUUUACAGUAACCCGAAAUACCGUUUCCGUGUGGAUGAAACACAGAUACUAUAAAACACUUGCAUUUACUCCUGAAUUCGUUUGCGUGUGGACGGGUUGAUACCGCCUCCAGACAGACUUUGCAGCAGGGAGUGGUUUGCUCCUCAUCUAAAACUGGGUAGCUGUACCAAUUCCACACGACUAACUUGCGCUCGCACUAUUUAGCCACAAAAUUAUUGCCUUCUUUUGCAAACACCAUGUCUGUUUACGCUGGUGUGUGUGGAAACUGGGGAGUGCUCCUGCAGGAAGGGGGGAGCCUACGGUGGACUGGAGGAGCAAGACAUGAUAGAGAGGAAAAUGGAUUUGACAAUUUUAAUUUUUUAAACAUCGUCAUAAUCAAAUAAUCUGAUUAUGAUUAAAAAGCGAUUAAUCGUGCUGCCCUAGAAAUUUAUAGUUGGUCAGUCCUCCUACUGUCAAAGGCUGGGUGAUCACCUGAGAGUCGUUAGCAAGGUCGUUGACCUGGUUUCAUCAGUGUGGGUUCCCUGAAGAACUGAAGAGGCCUUUUGAAAGAGAACCUCAAACAAGUCCAGUUGCCCUUUCAAUGGGAGAAUUGAAUGACCAUGACCUGGAUGAAUGAGAACCUACACAGACAUGUAUUAAUUCAUGUGCAGUUUCACAAAACUUACGCUGAAGACACUGCUUAAACCCUCUUGAUGUACAAAAUUUAAGUGGCAACAUGUAUGAGAUGAAUAGCGAAUAAAGUCAUGGUACAAUGUUUUUAAUCAAGUCAAAAAAUAAUGCAAAGCUUGUAUAAGAGUGAUUUGUAAAAUAUUCCAUGAAACCCCCACCACCACCGUGGCAAAGGUUAUGAAUCCCACCUUUAUUCAUCCACACUCAAGAACAGUCUUUGUUCAAAAAUAGUCAAGCCAAAGUUAAUUUUUAGACUUAUUGGUAAUCCUAUAUGCGUUGAUCCUUUAAAGCUGCAAUCUGGUUCUUAAUUUGCUGUCGAGCUGUUUGCCGUGACAGGCAUCACAUCCUUAAGGAGUAAAUCAGGCCUCUAAUUAUAGGUCAGAUCACUAACAUAUUUCUGUCAUAGAGAGCAAAUAACUGUCAAGUUUACAAUGAUUACAAAGACAUUAGAGCUGCACUCUCGUCCUGAUAGCAUUAUAUCUGUCUACACUUUUGUGAUGAAAUGUCCUUUUCUAGGUGGAAAAAGUCUUUACUUUUUGAAUGUAGGUUGCGGAUUCAUGACAGAUGUGACAAAGUUUACAGUUUAUAACCAGCUUUCAUCAUGAAGCAAGCUAGCUAAGAGAAGCUCAUUCAAAUACUGAUAUAAAUACUGUUUUUUUGUAAUGACACAGCCUGUAUGUGUAGGGGUUUUCUGAAUCCCCAAUUACCAGAAAAAUAGUUAUGUCCAUGUAAUAACCAACUUUACACACAGAUAUACUUUAUAAUUUCUAGAGAGGUUUGAGUGUGACCUUGUUUACUCCUCUAACUAUUGUUGUUGACGCAGGGCUUUUGACAUCAGUGUUACUGAAUUUGGUGCUUUUAGGAAUAGGGUUCUUAUGCAUAGAAACUGCAAUAUUUUGCUCUGAACAAACACGCAAUUGCUGAUUUUAUUGUAUGCAAAUAACACUGGCACACAGAGGUGCUAUUUGCAAAAGUUUGCAAAAAUUGGUAGCCACUUGUUCUGUUGUUCUAGCACAGGGGUCGGCAACCUUAAACACUCAAAGAGCCACUUGGACCAGUUUCCCACAGAAAAGAAAACACAGGGAGCCGCAAAACCUCUUUGACAUCUAAAAUGAAGAUAACAUUGCAUAUAUCUUUUUUUUUACCUUUAUACAAAGUAUAUAAAAAACUGUAGCGAGUUGCAUUUAUGAAAUAAAUGAACUAUUUCGGCGAGUGUCUGUCUUCUUCUGUAGUUAAACCGCAAGAUAUCAAAAUCUACCCGGAUACAGCAAUGCUGCUUUUUGAUUGGCUGUUCAGUAGAUAUACUUUAUUUGAUUGGCUUGUGCGUGGCACGCAGCUUCUGAACUCUCGGAGGAACUCAGUUGAUUUCCCCCAGUUCCACAGUUGAAGAAGUGCAACUUGGUGGACAUCACUGUGUUCAUUUAAAUGCGUGAGAAAUACAAUGUGUAGUGUGUGAGCGUGUGAACGAGUGGGAAUGCGUGUGUCAUACGCUGAAUGCGCGAGUCUUGAGAGCCCUGUGCUCACGCAUCAUCGAUGUACUCCCGAGCCAUGCAAAACGGGCUUUGCAAAUGUUGCACUGAACGCCUUCCUUUUCAGUCUUGGUGAAGUUUUCCCACACCACUGAUGUUUUAGGUCGGGAUUUGGGUUGGGUUGUGUCCAUAUUUUUCUCAGCCGCUGCCUCGGCCAUGGCUGUUUCUUUUCUGUGCGUCCUGCUGAUUGUUUACACGCCGGUGUCCAUGGACAUAUAUAAAGACCCGACGAAUCGAUUACAGAAUUUGUUGGCAACGGAUUUUUUCGUCACGACGAAUCUACUUAAUCGAUUCGUUGUUGCAGCCUUAAUAGUUUAUUUAAUGUUACAAGAGCAUUAUAAUCUUUGAAUUUAGAAUUACAAAAAAAAAAAAUAGUAAUAAAAUAAAAUAAAAUGCAAUUAAGUAUUUAUUAUUUAUUUUCCAAAUCCAUUGGGAGCCGCAGCUUAGGGAGGAAAGAGCCCCAUGCGGCUCCAGAGCCGCGGGUUGCCGACCCCUGUUCUAGCAUAUUUAAACCCAAAACCCUCUUUUAUCAGGUGAAAUCAGUCUCUCAUGCACCCAAUCUCUUUCAUACAGAGUGUAUGCAGACCUUUGCACAGUUCUCCUUUCUUCAUAUGAAGUCUACAUGUCUUGUUUUUUAAGUGUUAACUGGAAAUGGUUUUACCAAUCAUAAUUUUUCUGAUAGUAAGCUAUCACAGACUGACCAACCUGCAGCUGAUGUUGCUCUCAUUCAAAUUAAAAAGUCAAUGUCCAAUUUGUGCAAGAAUGAAGAGGUUGAGCAAGGAGUGCAGUAAAACACAACAAAACCUCAAUCAGCCCGAAUGCAACUUUGAAACCGGCCUAAGACUGGUUUGUAUCACAUAUUUGCCAAUCCAAGGUGUUGGGAGAGGGUACCCUUGGGUCUUUGAUGUUGAGAUCUGUAACCAUGUACUGUCAAUGAAUCUUAAGACUCCUGAUGAUUUAGCAGAAGUGUUUAGGUACUAAGUAUCUUGUCGCUUGUCUACUUGCACUGCUUGUAGAUUGCAGCUUUUUUGUGGCCUGAGAGUUUUGUUUGGACUUCCCGAUAAAAUAUUUGCACCAUUGUGAGAUAAAAGCACGAUCAUAAAAACUGCUGUCUGUCGGUACAUUGAGAUACAUAAUAAAUGCAGGCGAAAAAAAAUAUCCUCAGGCAUCACAACACAAGGACAUUUUGUGUGUGUCCAGGUGGUCCUGCAGAUGGUCGGCUCGUCCCUGGUGACCAGCUAGUGAAGAUCAAUAACGUUGCUGCAGAUGACCUGACCCCUGAGCAAGCUGCUGAAAUAAUCAGGUCUGUACUGACAGCUGCACACACACACACACACACACACACACACACACACACACACACACACACACACACACACACACACACACACACACACAGCACAUACUGUAAACAUGUAUCACAGCACACACACCUCAAUGCUGUUUGAUGAGGUACUUUGUCUAUUUGUUUUUUCAGGGAGUGCAAAGACUCAUUGACAAUGACUGUCCUCAGAACUAUACUGGUAAGUCAGACUCCACACACACACAGACACACACACACACACACACACACACACACACACACACACACACACACACACACACACAGACACACACACACACUCCUGCAAACGUCAGAUUAAUGAACACUCUCUUCAGCUGCACUUGAGAUGAGCAUUUCUUCCUACCCUUGUAAACACACACACAAGCACAUGUGUGAUAGUGGAUUAUGGAUGUAGUUUGUCCGUGCACAUGGGAGUUGUUGUCAACAAAGCCAUUAAUCAGCAUGUCGAUGAGGCUCGGGGUCCAGCUACGUUGCUAACAAGCUUCUUGUUACCAAGGUCUUACCACUAUAUCAGUGUUAACAACGACAACAUGUUACACCCUCUGACACAACCCCCACUGAUAGACACACAUCUUGUCGAGAUCACUCAAUCUACUGUACAUGUGUGUGUGUUUGUAUGUGUGUGUACUGCUUGUGUGUGUUGGAGUUGGAGACUUAAAUCUGUGAAGGUGACAUGUGUGUUUGCUCUAAGGUGGAGAAGAUCGGUGAAUGAAUGGCUCCUUGUUGAUUCUCAUCAUCAGCUUUGCUGAUGUAGGCACCUUUCACUUUGAUUCAUUACCUACAGCUCCUCUAAAAAUCAUUACUGAGCGUUUAAGGAUUUAUUAGGUUUUUCAGAAAAUACCCAUCCCUGUUGAUAAUAGCAAAAAGAAACAUUUAAAGAUCUGAAUCAGAGUGUGUUUAAGUAAUAAAGAUUUACAUUCAAAUCAGACAGUAAUGGAGAAAGAAGACUAUUAUUGGAGUUUUAAAUGCUUUAGAAAACAGCACUGUAUUGUCUCUGUCACUGAACAACUACACUUCUUAUAAAAAUUCACACAUAAUGGAUAACUACCUUUUAUAGAGUAAAUGACUUCAUUGAACUGCACUGAACUGUUAUACUCGUAACAACUUCAGCUUCCCAAAAGAAUGAGCUAAAUGAUCACUUUUUUCCUGUACAGUAGUCCUUUCAAAUGGCUUCAUGGUUUCUGUAUAUACAUUUUGAGGUGAUUGUUUUCAAUGUUUUAUUCCUAUAAACAAAACAUUUCGGAGUCAGAUUUUUGAGGUUGUUAAAACUGAAGCAGCUGCUCUUCUUAAGAAGAUAAAGGGAUGAUGACUGCAAGAAUGCGACCGGCUAAAAUGAGCCUGUAUUUUGAUAAAUGAAAGUUUGAAUGACAGGGACUCUACUUUGACUCAGACACAGGUAACAGGGACUUUGAGCUUUGACUCAACUAGAAUUCCUUUGGUGACUUGGACUUAGGAAUGAUGAUUCAAAACUUGACCUGGACUUUAGAUUUGGAGACUCACCAAUAAUAAUGCUGCUUCCCUUUGAAGGUUUCCAGUAUGCAUCCAGAGCUCUCAGGAGAAGUAAUAUAUUCUAUCUGGAAUGGAGACAAGGAGGGGUGGGGAAAUGUUACCAGGGAGAGGGAUGUCCAAUCAACUUGCUAGGCUUGACUUGCUGCAUAAAUGAAGCAAGUGGACGGACGGAUGGAUGGAUGGAUGGAUGGAUGGAUACAUAGUUGGAUGGAUAGAUGGAUGGGUGGAUGCAUGGAUGGAUGAUGGUCUCCGUAGGACUUGCCUGAGAAAAUUACGAUUAAACAAAACAUCAAAAAAACUUAAGUAAUGAUGUUGACUGAGUCUGUACUUUCUUUAAAAGAUGACCAAAGUAACAUAGAACACCAGAAAGCAGGACUGGAUCAGGCAAGGCUGUGUACUUUUUCCUCCCCUCGGCUUCUCUGCACAGCUGCUUUGCUGAUUAAAUCAUAAAAAUAUUCUCUGACAACUUUGUUUAUUGUUUCUCCAGGGACCAAAGUCAUCUUUCAUAACACCAGAGAAGAGAGCCAAGCUCAGGUCCAAUCCAGUGAAGGUUCACUUUGCAGAGGAGGUGGAAGUCAAUGGACACUCUCAGGUGGGUAAAAGAGCAAAGGAUACUGUUGGGAGUCUUUCAUCAUUACAUCUAUCUAGCUAAAAAAAUCCUUAUGAAGGAUGACACAUGAUUAAUACCUGAUGCCUGACGUUAAGGGAGGUGGAGUCUGUUUAGCCACAUCCACUGAAUGGCAGGAAUGACAGCACAAAGUGGUGGUGUCAAUAUUUGACCUGAAUGCUGCUAAAACAAACUUUCUGUUGGUUUUAAGGUCUGAAUUUCCUGUGUCUGGCUACAUCAUCUUGCUGACAUAAGAAGUUCAGGUGUUUGGCUUUAAAUAGUCUAAAAAGUGCUUUUCUUCCAGCAAUUAUGACACAUAUUAUUUACAUGGGCAGAUUAAAUCCUCAGCUAAAAUAAUAGGAUACUCUUUUUUUUUUUUUUUUUUUUUUUUAAUCAUAACAUUGAUUAGGGCAUACCCUGUGUUACUUUUUAAAUGUGAAACUUUUUUUUAAUGGAUCAAAUGAUUAUGAUUUUUUUUUUUUGGCUUUUCCUUACAAUAUGCACAGUUUAUAUUUGCUCAUAAAAUGCUUCUAUUUAUCAUGUUCGUUUUCUAACGUUAAGUUCUUCUUAUCUUAUCUUAACCACUGCGGCGCAGAGCUUGUUCUUUUUAUCAGCUGAUGUCAAACCAAAGAGGAUGCAUCAUUCAUUUUGUUCCUAAGACUGUCAUCAGAUUGCCUUUUCAGAAUUGUGCAAAGUGAUGUCUCCUAAUUGCCCGUUAUGGUUUCAUGCAGUAUGCAGUUUUUCUCUCGUAAGCCUGGCUCUGGUUGGUUCUCAUCCUGCCAGCGGAUGUGAAAUUAGCUGCACAAGGAAACUACAGAGGCUGAAGUGCCCAUUACUGAUCACAGAGAAAUCGCAGAUCGAUGUCCUCCUUAUCCUCUAGUCCUAAUGUCUGUGAUUACAGGUCAAUAAGCACAGGAUUAAAGAGGGAGAUAGGGAGGAGAUGGAGGGAGUGAGGGGUUGCUUGCCAUUGUUGAACGAGAGAGAAAGAAGAGUAAUGGAGCUCUCUGUUUAAACUUCAAAACAUACAGAUGUCAGUCCAGCAUUAUGUCACAGUGUUAGUACAGAACAACACUUUUUCGAACCAUUAGAGGAGCUGGGAUCAUGUGAACCGGCUGUGCAGAUAAAAAAAGACCAGCUCGAACACAGAUGAGUCUAUUUUACCUACUCUAAUUAUGUUGUUUUGAGCACAGCGUUUUCAUUUGGUUCAUCCUGCUCUCUAAAAUUACACACCUCCUUUGGUUUCAAAGCAAUAUGUUUGUGAAAUAUCCUAAAAUAACUGCUAGUAAGACCAAAAUUCCCCAAGUCAUUUGCAUUUCAAUCAGCCUAUUUCCACAAGCUUUUUCAAAUUGUGCAUGAAAAAGCCAAAACUUACGCUCAGAUGUUGCUUUGUUUUAUACACCAACACUUCCACCUUGGCCAAAGUGCAAUGGAAACUGACUUAAUGAAUUAAUUAUGGCAUAGAUAUGUGACUAGACCGUGAAGCAAUGAAAAAUUAUUGCAGACAGAAACAUUAGAGCUGUGUGGAGCUCGGAGCAGACUGUAAGCUUCCCUAUCUUAGCAGAAGACUAACAGAAAUGGUUUUUAGUCUUUGCCAUUUGAGACUUUUAAUUAUGAAAUCUGAUCACACAUAAGUGACACCAGAUUAAUUAUAAACCCCAUUAACUGUUGAUGGUGCUGCUUAACCCUACUUUAGUGCUGUGGUUUGUGCAAACGGAGAUCAUUUCACAAAGCUUGUGACACAAAGUCAGUGAAACGAUUGCAGAACAAAGUGCAUACACCUCUAUUUUCUUUUCUUUUAUUUUAUUUUAUUUUAAAGAAACCCCCACACACACAUUUGGCUUUCUAUCACUGCGUUUACCUGUCAGGAGGUUUUAAUUCUUCUGACCCAGCAGGUUUUAUGAUGUGAAUACUUCAUCUUGCACGUCCCCUGACCUUUGACCCCAUGUAUAAAUCACAGGGCAACUCGCUGCUCUUCCUGCCUAAUGUCCUGAAGGUGUAUCUGGAGAAUGGGCAGACCAAGGCCUUUAAAUUUGAACCCAGCACCACAGUCAAGGUAGAGCACAAUUUUACAGUCAUGUCCUAUGUAUUAGCAACCUCAUGUCUGUCUUGACUGAAAACCUAAUAACUGCAGCGGAAAUCUUUGGAGUAAUUUGAUAGUUAUGUUUAUGGUAUUCUCCUGAAAUGACCUUUUUUGUGAUCCUUAAUCAUCUAAUCCUUAAUUUCCUUUGUGCAUCAGGACAUUGUGAUGACACUGAAGGAAAAACUUUCUCUCAGCCGGAUCGAACACUUCUCCCUGGUGCUGGAGCAGCAGCACAGCAUCACCAAACUCCUGCUGCUACAUGAUGAGGAGAGGAUACAACAGGUACACAUGCUAUCACUCACAUUAAUGGCAGGGGGUUUAUAUGACCCUAAGUUUAGUUGAUUGAAGUUUCUCUGUGUUUGUGUUCAGGUGGUCCAGAAAAAAGAGGCCCAUGACUACAGGUGUCUGUUUCGUGUGUGUUUCCUACCCAAAUUCCUGCAGACGAUGCUUCAGGAGGAUUCAAUAGCCUUUGAGUACCUCUACCUGCAGGUAAUUAUAAAAGCUGGCACACAGAUAGACUCUAGGGUGAGACAGAAGUCCCAUUUAGUGAUAGGUAUAGUUUGGGGGUUUAGCAGUUCACUCAAGCUCCUUGUAGCCCAUGGAUGUGUGAUUCCACUACUAAAGGAAUAUUCCAGCGUAAAAUUAAUUAAGGGUCAAACACAUCAUAACACCAAGUUAGACACCACCUCGAGAGAUGAAUGUUGCUGACUGCUUGCUUCUCUAGUUAUACCAACUUUAGUAAUGACCGCAUGAUAGCAAUACACAACAGUCUGUGGAGCCAUAAGCAAACCUCAACCAAAACACUCUAUACCCACAAAUAUUGCUCAGAACAGCACCUAACUUCAUCAACAGUACGUAUAGGGUCCCAGCCGUUAUUAGCCAUCAAACAUCUUUUUAGCUUUGCCUGGUUUCUUUAGCAAAGAGACUAAACACAACUGACCCACUCUCUUCCAGCAGUCCCUUGUUUGUGGGGGAGCCCUGACGAGUCCAUCACUGACUGCAGCGGGGUGACACAGCUCAAGGAAGAACAUUUAUGAUCAUUACUCUAUCAUUUCCUUGAAAUAAAAAUCAUAUUAAUCAUUUUGCACUGCAGAUGUGGUAGUUCUUCUGCCUUAACGUCUCAGUCUGAUUGCAUUUCCUUGAAGAAAUGAUCAUAAAUGUUUUUCCUUGAGCUGCGUCACCCAGCUACAGUCGGCGAUGGACUCGUCCGAGGUCUCCCUACAAACAAGCGGCUGCUGGGAGAGAGUAGGUAAGGUGAAAUGUUUUGCUUUGCCUAAAAAACCUGCCAGGUAAUUUAUGAGAAUUCACUUCCAGCUGAAACUCUGGCGCCAAGUGUUAGGUUGAAUUUGAUAACAGAGAUGAAGCAACUAUCAAACCAAAUUCUGUUUUGUGAUGAUGCUUUUGUUCUUGCUGGAGCCGUAGAUCGAAACUAAGAUCCAGCCUUGGGUCCAGGGUCCAGCAAGUUACUGGAAAUAGUUUCAAAUUCUAAUAAAUCAACUACUGGCAUUAGAGUUAUUUUGUUAUUAUUGAGUCUUCUUUUUGAUUUAACACUCUUAUGAAGGUCAACCUGUAGAGUUAGUUCAGCAGUGUGAGAGUUGAUAUGGAGAGCAUGUUUUCAAAGGGUUUUCAUAGCUUGUUAAAUGGACUAUGUUUAUUUCUGGAGUUCUCUGUCCACUCAAGUAGCUUUUACAUCACAUGUAACAUUUGCACCAUGUUGGCAGAAGCUGCUGAGCAUAGAGCCCAGCAGUUUUUGACUAAUCCCAUUCAGACACCCCUGGGUGCAGCCAGCAGAGGCAUUUGAGGUCAAGUGUCUUUUCCAACAACACUUCAGCAUGUGAACAGCACAGACCUGGCAUUGAACCCUCAAUGUUAAGAUUAAGAGAUGACCGACUUUACCAACUGAGCCACAGCUGCCCCUCACAUACCUGGAGUCUGCUCAGUCCUUCCUUGAGUCACAGCCAGUGGAGCUUGCUGUGAUUUCUGCAAAGGGAGAUAUUUAGUAUCAGAUCAUGAAUGUUUCCAUAUGCUCAAUGAGACCCUGAGUAUUUUUUCCUUUUUUAAAAUUCAUUUUUGGGCCUUCAUGCCCUUAUUGAGAAGACAGAACAGUAGACAGAGAAAGCAGUUGGGGAAGAGAGUGGAUGAGGACAUAAAGGUAAAGGUUUGCAGGCCAGAAAUUCAAGAGCUCUAACCUCUGUAUGCACAAUCUUACCACUAGGCUACACCAGCGCCCUGCCUUAAGUUAUCUCAUUGUCAUGAUAUGUCCGCUAGCAUGAUUCUUGUUGUGCUAUUUAACUAAAUCUGAUUUAGUGCAGCAUCACUCUCAUUCAGGCUGUGGCAUGUUAAGUAAAGCUUAAGAAUGAUAGUGGUUUUAUGACCUUAAUUAAACAGCAUUACCAGCAGCAUCAAGAGAAUGUUGGAAAAAUUGAUACAUUUCAAUCAGAUCUGAAUAAGCAGAUUAAAAGAUCAGCUUCUUUUGAGCAAAAAAACCCACCAAACUUUGGAUUUGCACAGAAGUCCUUUGAUUCAAAAGAAAAUAAAUAAAUUAAUAAACUUCAGCCCUUAAGUUGUUUUUUAGAUAUCCUUUGUUCACCACCGAAAGGGGUAUUCUGGCAUAAAUUUAAGUUACGGUCAAACACACCAUAACGCCAAGUUAGACACCCCCCUCAGAGAUGAAUGUUGCAGACUGCUUGGUUCUCUAGUUAUACCAACUUUAGUAAUGACUGCACGAUAGCAAUACACAGAGGUCUAUGGAUCCACGCGCAAACCUCAACCAAAAAGCCACUCUUUAGCCACAAAAAAAACGCUCAGAACAGCACCUAACUUCAUCAACAGUACAUAAAGGGUCCUAGCCUUUAUUAGCCAUCAAACAUCUUAUUAGCUUUGCCUGGUUUCUUUAGCAAAGAGAGUAAACACAACUGACCCACUCUCUACCAGCAGCCGCUUGUUUGUGGGGGAGCCCUGAUGAGUCCAUCACUGAGUGCAGCAGAUCAUUUCCAUUAAGUAAUCAUCGUCAUAAUAAUUAUUUUGCACUGCAGAUGCUGUAGUUCUUCUGCCUUAGCUCCUUAGUCUGAUUGCAUUUGCGUGAAGUAAUAAUCAUAAAUGCUCUUCCUUGAGCUGCGAAACUCUGCUGUACUCAGUGAUCUUAUUAGACCGCUGUGUAUUGCUAUCAUGCGGUCGUUACUAAAGUUGGUAUGACUAGAGAAGCAAGCAGUCGGUACCCCUCAUCUUUUGAGGGGAUGUCUAACUAAGUGUUACAGUUUGUUUGACCAUAACUUAAAUUUAAAUUGAAUAUCCCCUUAAGAUAGACACGAUAGUGUGAGUCCAGAUAUGUGUCACAUGAGGAAGUUUCUUUUUGUGUUACUUUUGUACUCUGUGAUGUCUAUGUGUACUGGUCCCUGCACUCAUCACUCUGUUUUGUUUGUCAGGGUGUGAACGAUGUGCUGCAGGAGCGCUUUGCUGUAGAGAUGAGGUGUAACACCGCCCUGCGACUUGCUGCACUUCACAUCCAGGAGAGGCUGGCGAGCUGUGGACAGUCACCAAAGACCAACCUGAAGAUUAUCACGUGAGACACAUACACAUUUACAGUUCUUUUGUCACAGGAUUUGGCUGCAGUGCAAAGUGGGUUUCCUUGCUGGCCCUGGCUUUAAAUGGGUCAGGGAUAGAGUUAAGUAAUUUGUCAUUUUAAAACUGCAGCACUCAGUCCUUCAGAUGAGCCUCAAGGAUCCAUUUCAGAAUUAGAAUUAAGUUUGUUGUCACACUUCCAAAGUUUUGUUUCAGAUCUCUCUUAGUCCUUUUCACAACAAAUACGCACCUUCACAGUUUGUGUUCCUCUUUUUUUCUCCAGAAAGACCUGGGGCAUAGAGAACUUUGUGUCGUCCACCUUGUUGAGAAACAUGCGAGAGAAAGACCUGAGGAAGGCCAUCAGUUACCACAUGAAGAAGAGCCAAUCACUGCUGGAUCCAAAGCAGAAGGGCCUGUCUGUGGAUCAGGCACGCAUAAACUAUCUGGAGGAGCUGAGUGACCUCAAGUCAUUUGGAGGGAAAUCCUUCAGUGCUACAUUGAUGGUCAGCUGUCUCAUUGUUUGAUAUUUAUCAUUAUUUCUUUGGACCUGGUUGAUUGAAUAUGAAAGCUUCUCUUGACUUUGCCUCCACUUUUAACUGUCCCCCCACCCCCAGCUCCAGGACAGAGAGUCCAUGGUAACUUUGUUGGUUGGAGCGCGCUACGGAGUGAGUCAGAUAGUCAACCACAAACUGAGCAUCAUGUCCAACCUCACAGAGUUUACCAGCAUCACACGAAUCGAGCUGCUGCCUGAGUCUGAGAAGGUCAGCCUGGUGAAAAUCUAUCUGCAGGACAUCAAGGUGAGCACACAGCGCAGACAGAGAGAAGAAAAAACAAUGUAAACCUGCUCAAACCAGCUUUACUUUGAAGGAACUGGAUCAGCACUACAAAGGGGGACUGUAUCGGGUUUUAUUUCAGCUAGCAUUCUUCAGCCUUUGUUCCUGCAGCCUGUCUGCAUGAUCUUAUGGUUGAGCAUAUAGAUUUGAAUGAUUUAGUAAUGAUAAAGAGGCUGCAAUAACACAUAAUUACAAAUCCAAGGCAUGAAACUGAAUGGAAUAACGCUUGAAAUGAUGAUACAGGAUGACAUGCACAGUUUUUGUGCUUGUCUUCCUGUCUUGAAUGAUCUUCUCUGUGUGGAUUGACACGCAUUGGAAGUGUAGAGCAGCAAAAAUAGACUUGGCGCAUAUCUUUAGCAGAGCCGGGCUCGACGCGCUUCUGAUACGGAGCUGGGAUGGAACUGAGACACGUUCUGUAUGUGAUACUUCCUUGAUUAGAAUGGCAACCCAUUUGCUGCAUGAUGCGUGACGCUGACGGAACGUGUUCAAUACAGAUCCUGUAUGUUUUAGCCUUUAUCUGUUGAAAAAGUAAAACAAUGACUUCCUACAAUGACUUUAUACAGUAGACUGUUGGACAACAGAAGAUGUGGUUGUCCUGCUGCUGCUCAGGUAGGAUGACUUUACUUCAAGAAAUUAGCUGAUGGAUUUCACAACAACAUCACAUGACUCUUGAACCUAACCCUUGAAAGAACCAUCAACUGCAGUAGUUAAAUUAACAGCAAAACGUCAACUUUUAUUGUCAUUGGAGACAACUAAAGAGAAAGUCAAAGAUUGAAGUAUCUUUGAGUUAUUAUGAUAAAACUUCUGCCUCUUCAGUCUAUGAUAUAAGAAUACUGAGUAAUAGCUGUAUUUGUUACACGCACUUCUCAGAGGAAGAAUAAAUGUGACUUUUGAUUGAGGAAUAGCGUUUACAUUAACAUUAACCUAUACAUGACCUUCAAGUGUUUGAACGCUAAUUUAGUUCCUUUCAAAAAAAGAAAGAAAAAAACAGCUUGUUUAUUCCUAUUAUGACAUGAUAAAUGAAGAAAAUAGUGUGGAAACUCUGUUCCUCUGCUGAAAUUCCCUCUUCUCCUUCUCUUCUGUGUCCUGUCUCUUCCAUCUUGUCUUUUUUCUCAUGCAAAGCCCAUCACGUUGCUGUUAGAGUCAGUGGCAGCCAAAGAUAUGUCCUGCCUAAUAGCAGGCUACUGCCGAGUGUUUGUCGACCCCAACCUCAACAUCUUCCCCUGGAUAGAUGACUACAGGAAGCACAAAGUGUCUGCUGAGGAAGGUAAAGGAGGAAUACUGUAUACACAUGUACAAAGGCACGAAUGCAUUUAUUGUCACCAAAAAUGUUCUUGAUUAGAACUGGUUUCUUUUUGGGUGAUGUUCUUAGGUUACGUGUCUCAUUGUGGAAGCGACUCAGACAGCUCCUCAGAUCUGGACAUGGACCCACUAAUUGCCCAUGUUUCUCAGGAUGACAAGCCUUGUCCUCGUGUCAGAUCCUCUUCAGAUCCAGAUGGAAGAAAAAGAAAAGACAAAGACAGUAGGAGAAACAGAGAUGGCAGUGAAAAAAGAGAUCAGCUUUUAGGGGAUAAACAGGAAAAAGGGGGAAAGGAUGAUGACACUGAAAAGGAAAAGUUCCUGUCGGGUACAAACAGAGGUGAGGAGGGUGAGAGGGAGGAUACAGGGCACAAAGAUGAGGAAGAGGGAGUACGGGAUACUUGGCAAAUACAGAUCCAGAUGAUUAAUGACUUUGGAGAACAGCUGAAAAAAAAGGGACGAGAGGGUAAACCAGGAGGUGGAGGGGACAUCGGAGCAGCAGAGGAGCAGCCUCCUGUUUCAGAAGCUUCAGAUUCUUGUCACUCCGACUCCCGUGUCCUUACCAGCCCCUCCAGCGACUCCCUCGAUGCUCUGGAGGAAGACGACUUACUGUCAUGCUCUUCUUCUGUCCAUCCCAGCACUCAUAGCCAUCUGCACCCUCCUCUUCAGCUACAUCAUUACUCUCAUGGGAAUGCCCAGUCCCAUCUUCUCGCUCCUCCACCAGCUCACUGCCAUCCCCUCAUCCACCUCGCAGCUCCUGACAGAGGAAAAGGAGCAGGAGGAGGGUGCAGGAGGUCAGGAGAUGGAGCGGACCCCCAACUCCUCGUACCUGUCUCCCCCCCUCCUGACUUUCAAUAUGUCCAAAAGUGUCCAGAUAACCUGUGCCCCAGUGACAGCAGCCUGUGUUUCUCUGAGCUAUCCCGCCUUGCGGACUUCUUGCCGAGUCCUCCAGAGGCCAGCGAGGAAGAAGAUGAGGAGGAGGAGCUGAGGAGGAGGAGGAUAAAGGUGUUAAAAGAACUGAAUGAAUCUGUGAGGAGGGCAGGUGAAGGUGGAAGUGUGAGCGGAGAGGGGUGUUUCAAAGAACACCCCCUCCCCAUCUCCCCGUCCUCCCCCUCCUCAAACAUGGAGUUUGUGUUUAACUUUGACCAGAGCGACGCCCGCUGCUACUACAACCUCUGCUCCAACAUCACCCCUGACAGUGCUCGCAGCCUCUCCUGCCCCCUGAGUCAGAACGAGGGGGAGGAUAAGGAGGUGAAGGAGGAGGAUCCAGCUAAGACAGUGGACUUGGAGUCCGUUCCUAUCCUGCAGCCUCCCCCGGGUUUUGGGGACAGCAGUUCUGAUGAGGAGUUCUUUGACGCCAGAGAUCGCUUCACCUCCCCUGAAGACCCUACCUCAGGGGCCCUGCCAAGAGGUAAAGUCUUCUCUAAAAGCAGGGCUGCCCUCAUAUCUUUCUAUUAUCUCUGCUGAGUCUGUAUUUACUGCCAUCUAGUGGUAGAAGCUUUUAAGUGCAGCACUGUUGCAUUAGGGAGCUUUGUAGGAUGACUGCCAGAGAAGCAUAGAGAGAGACCCCUGACCACACCUGCUGUAAGAGGGAUGGUGGAUGUGGCCACAGACUUUAAACAUUCACACUAAAGAGCCUUUAGAGCUCAGAGCUGGACACCGUCUUGUCAGAUAAGAUAAAGCCUCAUCGAACUGUCCACAAAGGUUGGGAAAAUAAUCAUAGACAUAUACUUUGGUAGUGUCUUUAUCUAGUUCUGGGAAAUAUUUGCUCAGCCUUAACACUGAAAGAAGUGGUAUAAAUGUGGGGAUUGACUUUUUUACCCAAUAGCUUUCAGAUGAGAUACACAAAAGUUAAUGGGGGCGGGGUGGGGCGUAUCACGCUUUUCCACAUUUACAACAAAACUAAAACGUUACAAAGUUUGGUGUCCAUAUUACAUGUAUGCAAAGUUUAAAAUCACAAGGUAAACGUAUUUUGUCAUAAUCUUAGAAAAUAGAUGUAUAUGAAUCAAAUCUGCAGCUAAAACAAAGCAUUUCAGAAGGAGGCUGAAAUAAUGAUAUUCUAAUACACCACUGUGAGGAAUUUGAGGUUGUUUCGAUCUGAAAAUCACGUUAAGAUAUUAAAGAAGAAUCAGAGAGAAAGUACAGAGUCUGAAAAAAAUGCAAGAUACCCCCCCUUUAAGGAUUUUAACAUUUGCCAUCCCUUUGGCAUUGGACACUUUAGAAAAGAGCUUUUUCUUUGCUGUGCUUUUAUUCAAGAGUUCUGCUGCAGACAUUGCUGAUAUUAACAUUUCAAUGCAAAGUCUUGCACUCAUCACACUGUAAGGCAAACAAAAAAAGUUCAAACAGUUAACAGAUUAAUGCAAGUCUACCUGACUCCCUUUGAGUCAGCUUGGUUUCUCUCUCACGUGAUCCACAAUAUCCCAAAACCACAGAGACAGGAGAGAUCACUGAUUGACACUUUCACUUUAAUGUGGAUAACAGAGUGUAGGUCCUGUGGACACUUGUGGAUAAUGAAAAAUGCAAUGACAGUGCUGUCGGACCAUGCAAGUGCUUCAGCAAGUUGUUGGUAACUGCUAAUUUUGGAUUCAUUUGUGACCUCCUGCUGCACUAAACUCUCUCCCCUUUACUUUAUUCAUAAACUCCCUUAUUUAUGUGUCUGAAACUUUAUUUUCAUCAACUUCCUUUCUUUUGUUGCCCCAUUUCACCAUACAAACUUUUGAUGUGCAGGCUUAUUUUUAUGCAUUUUCACUCAUAUUGGUGCUUUGCCCUGACCAUCCCUGGACAAAUGUGGUCAUAAGAUGGGGGCAUUCAAGGCUGAUCCCCUUUCCUACGAAGAAAAAGUAGCGUGCAGGUGUGUGCACAUAGUUUUAUAAAUUAAAAAUAUUUUUGGCUCACACCUUUACCAGGCCUUUGGUGUACUUAAACUUUGAGUACAGGUUCCACGCACUAGACCCCUUGUCUUGCAGCAUGGUUUAUUAGAAAGAUGUAAACUAAAAGAAGUCAGCAGAGGGAUGUGAUGUGACUUGGAUCUGAGCUUGUUUUUAACAAACAUUUGGCCUAUCUUUUUCUUGCAGAUAUUAGCACAGAGAUGAAACUGGACUUCCUCAGCACAAUCAGCCUCAGUGACAUUGGUGUCUUUGUACCUGGAGCAAACAAAGAUGGAGCAGUAGAGGAAGAGAGAAAAGGAGAAAAUGAGGAUGGAGGAGGUAUUGAAACGUUACUCCAGCUCAGAAAACGAUCCCGUAAACGUCGUUCAUUCAUGGAGACUGACUACACCUCGACAGUGUCGUUUCCAGAGAAAAAAUCAGAAUCAAAACAGGACCAGAUCUCAAGCAGUCUUCAUAAAAACAUCUCAGAUGAGGUCAAAGAUUUACAGAUACUCAGCUCAGAUUGUGAAUCUUCUGAACAAAACCAGAAUCCCAGUCUCACUGUUUCCUCUUUGACUCACUCGGAGGGGGAACCAGCUCAGCUCGAGUCAAAACCUAUCUUGGCCAAACAACACUUGCAUGGACUCAGCAUGGCUCAUGGUUUCGAGUCCUCUGACCGUACAAGAGAGCCACUGGCCCCCUCCAGAACCAGGGCCCAAGACAUGGAGAUGGAGCCUGAGGCCAUGGAAUCAAAAUCAGUAGCAGAUCAAGUAAAGGCAGCAUCUCCAACAAUCAGCGUUGUCCGCUGCCGGGUGGAUCCAGACGGGAAGGAAAGUGCUGAUCGAAUGGGUGACGGGAAGGAGGAGGGAGAGGGACAGGGAGAGAUGGAUAGGAGGAAAACAAAGGGGAAAAAGGAAGGAAAGGAAACAACCAGCGUUUCAGGCAAUGGGCCAUUCACUCAUCAUAUGUUUUUACCAGAAAUCCACGAAGAGAGCAAGCAAGAGGAAGAGAAGAAAGAUGGCCUAAUCGAGAGCUCAUCUAGUUCAAAGGGACCGUUUUUAGGCAGUAUGAAGCAGUCAGAGAUAAAAAAUCUGCCUAAAUGUUUCAUCGGUGCCAAUUCAAAGAAUAGUAACGGCCUUUUGGGCGGCAAUGUAGUCUCCCCAGAGCAGAAUUCAUAUUCAGAUGACCACAUGCUUAACAGUUUGCAUGAAAAGUCAAUCCCUCCAUCAUACUCUCCUCCACCACCUCCACCCUCAUCUCCCCUACCUCCAAUACAGCUUCGACAAAACUCCAUUAGUGGGUGCUUAGUGGAAGAAGAAAGGGGCAGCGAAAUCAGGGCAACCUCAACCAAAACAACUCUGUCUAGCUGUGAGGAAAUUUCACUUAGCAAACAAAACCACUCUGACAAAGCACAAUCAAAUCUAGACGUCAGAGAGAGUGUGAAUGAGGACGAGGCUGUCGGUGGUGUCAGUCCUGCUAUGACUAUCAGCGAUGAGGUUUCAGACAGCACCAAUUCAGACAACGUUUUCGAUGAUGAUGACUUGAGUAUUUCCUUGAAUUUUAGUUCAAGUGACUCAAAAGACGGCUGGACGGCGGCUAAAAAUCGGAGCAUCAGCACUGAAGUGAAUAAAAAUCUAUCAUCUGUUUCGUUGCUCUCUUCAACAUGUAAAAGUGAGUCUAAAAUGACGGUUAAGUCUCCUCCUAGCACUGAAGCUCACACCAGAUUAAAUUCAAUCAAUUCUGAUUACACUCGCACUAUAAACUCCAUCACUGCAAAGCUUGGAGCUGCAACAAGUGUCACAUCUCCGGCAUUUAAUUCAGGUACCAGACGGAAAAGUGAUGUUACACAAGAAGGUGCAACAUGCUUAAACGAAAACAUAGACACACCCAAGAGAGACUCCACUUGGCCAAGAACUGAAGCCAAAGGAAGUGUGGUCAGUCCCGGCUUAGCCCAAGCUUACACGGCCACAUUUCACGACCUAUCCAAAGAGCCUUCUCCUUCAACCGGUUUCAUCUUCCAGCCGUGCUCCUCAAGCAUUAUGGGUCGCUUAUCUGCCUCUACCCUCAGAGGAAAGAUUCAACAGUUGCCUCUUUAUUUAUCACGUUCCCAGGAGACCCUCAACCAAGCUGGGGUCAGCAGUCCUCAGAGUCCUGCUGAGAAUGAAAGCAGGGAGAUCACCAUCAAAGUUACAGAUGUGAACAAUGUCACACAGACAGUGAACUUAGACAAGGGCCUCUCAGGGUCUUUGGAGUCAGUGGCCUCAGAUGAUUCAGAUACGACUGUUACAGGAUCAGAGGUGGACAAGGAGUUUUUCAUAGGAACGGUCGCAGCAAAAGAUUCCUACUCUGGAUCAGAGGUAAGGGAACUAAGCUCCCCUUUGCCAGUCCAGACUGAGCCGAAAUCCCUACACCAAAAUCAGCUUCUGUUGAUUGGACCUAUCAAAAACACACCAGGACCAAUAACAGAGCCUCCAUCCUCCAUUGUGAACAGCCUCCAAAGAGACUCUUCAGGAAUAAAGAUGGACACUCCUGGCCCAAUAAAAGACGCUGCUCCCUCCAUACUCCCUCCGAUAGUUGUUACCACACAGAAUCUUAACGGGCCAGGUCUCCCUUUUCAUAGUCAACAACAGAAAAUAAGACGGACCAGUAGUGACAGGCCUUUGAUGGGCCUCUGUAGACCGGCAGGGCAGAUCUCAGAGUCACCAAAAACACUUGCAUCAGGCUGCAGAGUGUUCACGAUCUGUGAGGGGUCACUGCAGACAGACACCACAGUUGAGGUGGGGUAUGCCCCACCCUUGAAGCCAGAGUUUGGCUGUAGUUCUGUGCUAGUGUCUGGAUGUGAGACAGUCAUGGAAGGGGUACAAGUGCCCCUGGAUGCCUGUGGUUGCCCUCCAGUCUACACAAACUGUUUCAGCAGUGGGGACGGUUUUGAUGAGGAGCUGACAGUCUAUGAAUUCUCCUGCCGUUCACAGAGCAGCGGUGUGACCCAGACUUCGGGAUUAGGUCUCAUGACUUCCCCACCGGUUUCCUCUCUUCUCUCCACCCCCUCCACCAUCUCUCCCUCCUUCCCACGCUCCAUCCUUUUUUCCUCCUCAACCUCAGAACUCAGCCCACUCCUCUCGCCAUUGUCCGACAGCUCUGAUCGUUUCCUGUCUCAAACGCACAAAGAAACCAUCAGUCGGCUCGGCCAGCAGCGCUACCCAGAUCCGCCUGCAGGUUUCCAAGUCCUGCGUGUGGAUGUGGAUCAGCUCCUUUCAAUUCUGGAGAGUGCAGGUGCUGACCGAUCAGGGGGUAGCUAUGGAGGUCGCCACCCUAGAGACACCUGCCCCGCCCACUUUACAGAGAACAAGCGUGUGCUCCAGCUAGAGGCACGGCGGCUGAUGUCAGGAUGCCAGAAGGUGGUGGGGAUCGGACAGAGCCCAGAUGAAAUGCUGCGCUCCCUAGCUAACAGUUUCCGGACCCUGGUGGAGUUGGCAGGUAUUUGCCUGUGGUUCUCAGGCUGUGACAGGUGUGACCGCAGAAAUGCAGAGGCAGUGGCAGGUCUGGUGGAUGUGGCCCGCUCAUUCAGAGAUUUCUGUCUAGCAGCAGAGCGAGCCAGCAGUAAACGCAGCUGCCAAGACCUGAGCACCAAGCUGCUAGCCAAACAGUGCACUGCACUCACCGCCUCCGUCUUCUGCCUCACUCAGCUGUUCCGCACCCUCACUGCUCUUUGA